AUGCAGUAUCAUCAAGCUAACCAAGAUCAUCCAGCUGCUCAGCUUCUCAAAUCUGCUUCGACUUGUGAUUUGCAAGAUUUCUGGGUGCUGACAAUAGCAGCAUGGAUGCUUGUUGAGCAGUCUUCCAUCCUUUUGUCUGCUGGGAUCUGCUUGUAA